AUGCGGAGGUAGAUCGUCGUGACCCGGCUGCAGUGCGGACACAUAGUCCCUGCCCACCUACAACGCAAAAUGUUUCAGUGACAAAACCAGUUAAGUAGAAACAAUCAUUACAACUGUUGUCGAUUUGGAGAGAGAUCGUUAUGUUGAACCUGGAGGUAACUACGAAACAUGACGUCACAAAUUAGCACCACAGACUGGCAGUCGGGGAAGGAAUUCGCAGAGACGAACUUGUACAUGCUGGAUCACGAGAUCGCCUGUGACGUCACGUUUAGAGUUGGGGCCCAGCAGACAACAGUUCGCGCCCACAGGUUUAUGUUAAUCAGUCGCAGUCACGUGCUCUCCGCCAUGCUGUGUGGUCCAAUGGUCGAGACUGGCGAGAUCGAAAUCCCGGAUGUUGAUGCUGGGAUCUCCCGCCUGUCUUUGAGAUUUCUGUACACCAAUGAUAUCACGGUGAAGCCCAACAGCGUCAUGCACGUGUUAUACCUUUCUAAAAAAUACAACACUGUAAACUUACACGACCAAUGUCUCAAGUUCCUGGAUACGUCCAUGACACCCGAGAAUGUUUGCGUCAUCCUGGAACAAGCGAAGGUGUUUGACGAGAAGACGCUGUAUGCGAAAACGAUGAAAUUCAUCAAUAAAAAUGGAACCUCGAUCCUGAAAUCACCGGGAUUCUUGGAUCUGUCUCGGGAGUCUGUCCUCGAUGUAGUGAAGUCGGACGACCUUGACAUUGAUGAGGAAGAUGUGUUCCACGCCGUAAACACCUGGGCAGAACGUCAGUGGCAGAAACAAGGUACAGCUGUUACUCCAGAAGCAAAACGAGAAGCUCUUGGGUUAGUUGUAAAACAUGUUCGGUUUCCCAGUCUGUCCCAGAAGUUCGUUGUGAAAACGGUCGAUCCUAGUGGAGUUUUAACUCUGCCGGAACAACUCGGCAUAUUACAUCAUUUCAUUUGUCCCUAUAGGUUGCCUGAAGGAUUUUCUGCAGAACCACGGAAUCAUGACAAGAAAGAGAAAACUGUGUAUCGAUUUAAAACUACAAAUCGUAUUCAGUGGGGUAAAUUCGACAGCGAUGAUGCCAUAUCAUUCAAAUGCAACAAAACGAUUCGGCUUCGUGGUUUCAUGGUGUAUGGUCCGUACAGUGGGAAAAGAGAAUCUUAUGAUAUAUCUGCAAGACUGAUGGAUGAGAACAAUACCAUCUUAACUGAACUGAACACUACCUCACAGAUGGAUGAAAGAAAAAUGUUCUCGGUGUAUUUUCAACACAGUGCUAAAGUCAAGCCAAACACUCUGCACACUAUUUGUGUCUGGUACGUGGGUCCAGCUACGUGGUGCGGUGAUGCGAAUUGUGUAACGGAAUCUGCUCAUGCGAAUAUAGAUGAUUACCAGUUUGAUUUUGUUGAUUCAUCAUUUCGUAAAUGUGCUAAACAUUUUACUUUAACUCUUCAGAUUCCAGCACUUAUCUUUACUCGGUGAAGCUUGAUACUCAUCCCCUGCGUGUGCUGUAACCUCACCGUGGUGCACGGGUGUAACAUUCUCUUUGAGAAUGGCCAAUACAGU